GGGAGGAACACCCUUUGGGACUGGGCCCACUGGGGAGAGGGAAGGCGAGACCCGCGAGAGUAGCGGUGAUCGACAGGUGUCAUGGUGACUCACACUUUUGUUCUGCGCCAGCCCAUGCAGUCUGCAGCCACUUUGUACUAGUCGGCUUCCACGUCCUUGUCUUCUCCUUCAGCAGCAGAACCUCCUCAUCCCUUGUGUGUGCAGCUGUGCAUCGCUAUCAUGUCUGAGUUGGUCAAAAUUGCAGAUAAUGUGGUGAAGAAGGCGGAUACCAAAUGUGAGGUGAAGAUGAGCAGCUUUUGGGCAGAGGGCAGCUGUGUGCUUUUCUUUAUGCGCCGCUUUGGAUGAAUGUUCUGCCGGGUGGCUGCCAAGGAGCUCAGCGCCUUGGCACCCCACCUGGCGAAGGCCAAUGUUCGUCUCAUCGGUAUUGGUCUGGAGGAGCUUGGUGUGGAGGAAUUCAUGCAAGGAAAGUUUUUUGAUGGAGAACUGUAUAUUGACACUGACAAGAAGAGCUUCAAGGAUUUGAAUUUCAAGAGACUUGGCUUCCUCAAUAUGGUUCCUGCGCUUAUUGCCAAAGUGGCUCGUGAUGCUGUGCGGAAAGGUAAAGCAUGGAAGGUUGGUGGAGAUAUGAAGGGAGAUGGAUUUCAGAAUGGUGGGCUGCUUGUAGUGGCUCCCAAAGGAGAAAAAGUCCUGUUUGAAUUUAAGCAAAAUAACCCAGCAGACCAUGCAGAGAACUCAGAUAUUCUACAAGCUCUAAGCAUGGAUGUUCCUACAGAUUUGAAAGAUGCGACUGCAGUUGAUGAGUCGGUGAAAGUAACAGACCAGGAAUGUCAAGAGGCAUGUGCUAUGCCUACUGAAAAUUAAAAAGAUUUGUAGAUUGGGAUUGGAAGCUGCAGACUGAUUUGUUACCAAAAAAUAGAAAUGAGCAAGAAUGUAUACUGAUUGUUUAAUAUGAUUUCUGUAUGUGUUUGUUAUCACAAGUUUCUUAUAAAAUACAUUGAUUAAUAUUU